AAAAACCAGGCAUCUGAACUAUGCAUUCAUUACCCCCUUGGGCCAGCUAAUAUUCUCUCUGCCUGGACUCCCAUCUUUUUGAAAAUUGGACUUCUGGGUGUUUCCCUCCACCCACCCAUCAGCUUUGGAGUCACAGAAACAGAUUUCCAUGUACCACUAAGGUCUGCCGGUGGUGACUGCCGAUGUGUUUACGCAGGCGUCAUGGUCAUUCUACGGCAGGGGGACUAUGUAUGGAUGGACCUCAAGACUGGCCGGGAAUUUGAUGUUCCCAUUGGAGCGGUAGUCAAAUUAUGUGAUUCGGGACAGAUCCAGGUGUUGGAUGAUGAAGGAAACGAGCACUGGAUAUCCCCUCAGAAUGCCACUCACAUCAAGCCUAUGCACCCGACCUCUAUCCAUGGAGUGGAGGACAUGAUCCGCCUUGGGGACCUGAACGAGGCAGGCAUCCUGCGAAACCUGCUCAUUCGCUACCGGGAGCACCUGAUCUACACUAACUGCGGCGGGAGGACGUACACAGGCUCAAUACUGGUGGCUGUGAAUCCUUACCAGCUGCUCCCCAUCUACUCUCCAGAACAGAUCCGCCUCUACACCAACAAAAAGAUCGGGGAGAUGCCACCCCACAUCUUUGCCAUUGCGGACAACUGCUAUUUCAACAUGCAGCGGAACAACAAAGACCAGUGUUGCAUUAUAAGUGGCGAGUCAGGCGCCGGGAAGACGGAGAGCACCAAACUGAUCCUGCAGUUCUUGGCGGCAAUCAGUGGGCAGCACUCUUGGAUUGAGCAGCAAGUGCUGGAAGCCAACCCAAUCCUCGAAGCCUUUGGGAAUGCAAAGACCAUUCGCAAUGACAACUCCAGCCGGUUUGGGAAAUACAUCGACAUCCAUUUCAACAAGCGGGGAGCAAUUGAGGGAGCAAAGAUCGAGCAGUACCUGUUGGAGAAGUCUCGUGUCUGUCGGCAGGCUCAUGAUGAGAGGAAUUACCACGUUUUUUACUGCAUGCUGAAAGGAAUGACGCCGGAGCAGAAGAGGAUGUUGGGUCUGGGGAAAGCAGCUGAUUACAACUACCUCUCAAUGGGUAACUGUAUUACCUGCGACGGGAGAGACGAUAGCAAAGAGUACUCAAACAUCCGGGCAGCGAUGAAAGUCCUCAUGUUCACCGACACGGAGAACUGGGAGAUCUCCAAGCUCUUGGCGUCCAUCCUGCAUAUGGGGAACUUGCGGUAUGAAGCUCGAACUUAUGACAACCUGGAUGCCUGCGAGGUCGUCCAUUCGGCAUCGCUGAUCACUGCUGCUUCAUUACUAGAGGUGGAUCCUCAAGAUGUGAUGAACUGUCUCACCAGCCGGACUAUUAUCACAAGAGGGGAGACCGUCUCCACCCCUCUUAGUAUGGAGCAGGCACUGGACGUCAGGGAUGCUUUUGUAAAGGGAAUCUAUGGGCGGCUUUUUGUGUGGAUUGUGGAAAAGAUCAACGCCGCCAUAUACAGGCCUCCGUCCCAUGAGCACAAGAGUGUCAGGAGAUCCAUCGGGCUGUUGGAUAUCUUUGGCUUUGAGAACUUCACCAUUAACAGUUUUGAACAGCUCUGCAUUAACUUUGCAAACGAGAAUCUGCAGCAGUUCUUCGUCCGCCACGUCUUCAAGCUGGAGCAGGAGGAAUACAACCUGGAGAACAUCAACUGGCAGCACAUCGAGUUCACCGACAACCAGGACGCGCUGGACAUGAUUGCCAUCAAGCCAAUGAACAUCAUCUCGCUCAUUGAUGAGGAAAGCAAGUUCCCCAAGGGAACAGAUGCUACCAUGCUGCACAAGCUGAACUCCCAACAUAAACUCAACACCAACUACAUCCCACCCAAAAAUAACCACGACACCCAGUUUGGCAUCAACCACUUUGCUGGCAUUGUGUACUAUGAAACUAAAGGGUUUCUGGAGAAAAACAGGGACACACUCCACGGAGACAUCAUCCAACUGGUCCAUUCCUCGAGAAACAAAUUCAUCAAGCAGAUUUUCCAGGCUGACGUAGCCAUGUUUCUCUGUGGCUAUGCGUCCAGUGCCUUUGGCCAGUCGCCAGCAACCACUCUGAAGGGGGCAGAGACCAGGAAGCGUUCCCCGACUCUCAGCAGCCAGUUCAAGCGCUCCCUGGAGCUGCUGAUGAGAACCCUCAGCGUCUGCCAGCCCUUCUUCGUCCGCUGCAUCAAGCCCAACGAGUACAAGAAGCCCAUGCUGUUUGACCGGGAGCUCUGCGUCCGCCAGCUGAGGUACUCUGGGAUGAUGGAGACCAUCCGGAUCCGCAGGGCUGGCUACCCCAUCCGCUACACCUUUGUGGAGUUUGUGGACAGGUACCGAGUACUCAUGCCAGGGGUGAAGCCAGCCUACAAACAGGGGGAUCUGCGUGGAACAUGCCAGCGCAUUGCCGAAGCUGUGCUGGGCAAAGAUGACGACUGGCAGAUUGGCAAGACAAAGAUUUUCUUGAAGGAUCACCAUGACAUGCUACUGGAGAUUGAGAGGGACAAGGCCAUCACAGACAAGGUCAUCCUCAUCCAGAAAGUGGUCCGUGGAUUUAAAGACAGGUCCAAUUUCCUGAAAGUAAGGAAUGCAGCUCUGAUGAUUCAGCGAAACUGGAGGGGCCAUAAUUGCCGGAGAAACUAUGGAGCUAUGAGGAUUGGUUUCCUGAGGCUGCAGGCCCUCUAUCGUUCGCGCAAGCUCCACAGGCAGUACCACCUGGCCCGCAAGCGCAUCAUCGAGUUCCAGGCCAAGUGUCGGGGAUUCCUGGUGCGCCAAGCCUUCCGGCAUCGCCUCUGGGCCGUCUUCACCAUCCAGGCCUAUGCCAGAGGGAUGAUUGCUCGCCGCCUCUUUAAGCGCUUGAAGGGAGAGUACCACCGCCGUCUGGAAGCCGAAAAACUACGGCUGCUGGAAGAGGAGAGGCUCCGGAAGGAUAUGAGUGCAAAGAAAGCCAAAGAGGAAGCAGAAAAGAAACACCAGUUGCGUUUGGCCCAGCUGGCUAGGGAAGAUGCUGAAAGGGAAGUCAAGGAAAAGGAAGAAGCUCGGCGGAAAAAGGAGCUCUUGGAGAAAAUGGAGAAGGCCCGGAAUGAACCAGUGAAUGAUUCCGACAUGGUGGACAAAAUGUUUGGAUUCCUGGGGACAACCUCUUCUUUGCCUGGCCAAGAAGGGCAGGCCCCGAAUGGCUUUGAGGAUCUUGAGAGGACCCGGAAGGAACUGGAGGAAGAUGACUUGGAUACAGCCUUACCUUUGCCUGAGGAAGAAGAGGAGGAUCUUUCGGAGUAUAAAUUUGCAAAGUUUGCUGCAACGUACUUCCAGGGCACAACCACCCACACGUAUGUCCGCCGGCCCCUUAAGCAACCGCUCCUGUACCAUGAGGACGAGGGAGACCAGCUGGCAGCCCUUGCUGUGUGGAUCACGAUCCUUCGCUUCAUGGGGGACCUUCCUGAACCUAAAUACCACACAGCAAUGAGUGAUGGGAGCGAGAAGAUCCCAGUGAUGACCAAAAUAUAUGAGACGCUGGGAAAGAAAACGUACAAGAAAGAACUGCAAGCCUUGCAAGGUGAAGGAGAGAGCACUCACAUCGACAGCCACAAGAAGAACAGCGUGCGCCACAAAUUGGUCUCCUUGACGCUGAAGAAGAAAUCCAAGUUGACUGAAGAGGUGACCAAGCGGCUUCAUGAUGGCGAGUCCACCGUCCAAGGCAACAGCAUGCUGGAGGACCGGCCGACCUCCAAUUUGGAAAAGCUCCAUUUCAUUAUUGGUAAUGGCAUCCUCAGGCCAGCAUUAAGGGAUGAAAUUUACUGUCAGAUCUGCAAGGAGUUGACACAAAAUCCUUCCAAAAGCAGCUAUGCCAGAGGGUGGAUCCUCAUGUCUCUGUGUGUCGGAUGCUUUGCCCCUUCAGAAAAGUUUGUCAAGUAUUUAAGGAACUUCAUCAAUGGAGGCCCCCCAGGUUACGCUCCUUAUUGUGAAGAGAGGCUGAGGAGGACGUUUGCAAAUGGCACCAGAACGCAACCACCCAGCUGGCUGGAACUCCAGGCAACCAAAUCUAAGAAACCCAUCAUGUUGCCUGUUACGUUCAUGGACGGGACGACGAAGACCCUCUUGACGGACUCGGCCACGACAGCCAAGGAGCUCUGCAGCUCCUUGGCAGACAAGAUCAGCCUCAAGGACCACUUUGGGUUCUCCCUUUACAUUGCUCUGUUUGACAAGGUUUCUUCCCUUGGAAGUGGCAGUGACCACGUGAUGGAUGCCGUAUCUCAGUGUGAGCAGUAUGCCAAAGAGCAGGGAGCCCAGGAACGCAAUGCUCCCUGGAGGCUUUUCUUCAGGAAGGAGAUCUUCACACCUUGGCACAACCCCAACGAAGACAACGUAGCAACAAACCUCAUUUAUCAACAAAUAGUGAGGGGGGUGAAGUUUGGGGAAUACCGGUGCGAUAAGGAAGAAGAUUUGGCAGAGCUGGCUUCCCAGCAAUACUAUGUGGAUUAUGGGUCAGAGAUGAUCUUGGAACGGCUCCUGAAUCUGAUCCCCUCUUACAUCCCAGAUAGAGAGAUCACACCUUCGAAAACCAUAGAGAAGUGGGCUCAGUUUAUCAUAGCUGCCCAUAAAAAGGGAAUCUAUACCCAGAAGAGAGCAGACCCUAAAAAAGUCAAGGAAGAAGUGGUGGAUUUUGCACGUUUCAAGUGGCCUUUGCUGUUCUCCAGAUUCUAUGAAGCUUUCAAAUUCUCAGGUCCCAGCCUUCCAAAAAAUGAUGUAAUUGUAGCUGUUAACUGGACAGGAGUGUACUUUGUGGAUGAACAAGAACAAGUCCUUCUGGAACUUUCCUUUCCAGAGAUCACAGCUGUCUCCAGCAGCAGAGGGGGGAAACUCCAGGGUCAGAGCUUCACCUUGGCCACCAUCAAAGCAGACGAAUAUACCUUCACCUCUAACAAUGCAGAGGACAUCCGGGACCUUGUGGUAACCUUCCUGGAAGGGCUGAGGAAAAGAUCAAAGUUCGUAGUCGCUCUCCAGGACAACCCAAAUCCUGCAGGGGAAGAAUCUGGCUUCCUCAGCUUCCUCAAAGGAGACUUGAUUGUUCUGGACCUGGACACUGGAGAGAACGUGAUGAACUCUGGCUGGGCCAACGGGCUCAACGAGAGGACUAAACUGAAAGGAGACUUCCCAACGGAUUCUGUUUAUGUCCUGCCCACAGUCACUAUGCCUCCUCUGGAGGUUGUGGCAUUGGUUACAAUGACCCCAGACCAGAAGCAAGAUGUCAUCAGGACAGCCCAGUUGGUGAUGUCUGACACUGAAGAGAGGAUGAAGCCAUAUACCCUGGAAGAAUUUUCCUAUGAUUACUUUAGGCCUCCACCCAAACAUACCCUAAGCAGGGUCAUGAUCACCAAAAACCGAGGGAAAGACAAGAUGUGGUCCUAUACACGGGAACCGAUCAAGCAACCUUUGCUCAAGAAGAUCCUGGGCAGUGAGGAGCUGUCACAAGAAGCCUGCAUGGCCUUCAUUGCCGUCCUCAAGUAUAUGGGUGACUAUCCCUCCAAAAGAACCCGUUCCGUGAAUGAGCUCACAGACCAAAUAUUCGAAGGCGCCUUGAAAGCUGAACCACUCAAGGACGAGGUUUAUUCACAAGUCCUGAAGCAGCUCACCGACAACCACAUUAAGUACAGUGAAGAGAAAGGUUGGGAGCUGCUUUGGCUGUGUACGGGCCUUUUCCCGCCCAGUAACAUCCUCUUGCCUCAUGUCCAGCGGUUCAUUCAGUCCCGGAAACAUCAUCCGCUAGCUACCGACUGCAUGCAGAGGUUGCAGAAAGCACUGAGAAACGGUUCCCGGAAAUACCCUCCCCAUUUGGUAGAAGUUGAGGCGAUCCAGCACAAAACAACUCAGAUUUUCCAUAAAGUGUACUUCCCGGAUGAUACCGAUGAGGCAUUUGAAGUGGAAUCCAGCACAAAAGCCAAGGAUUUCUGCCAGAACAUCUCCACCCGGCUGCUUCUGAAAUCAUCGGAGGGUUUCAGUCUCUUUGUCAAAAUCUCUGACAAGGUCAUCAGUGUCCCUGAAGGAGACUUCUUCUUUGACUUUGUCAGGCAUCUCACAGACUGGAUAAAGAAAGCCAGGCCUUCAAAAGACGGGAUAGUGCCUUCUCUCACCUACCAAGUGUUCUUCAUGAAAAAGCUGUGGACAAACACCGUGCCUGGAAAGGAUUCGAUGGCCGACUCCAUCUUCCAUUACUAUCAGGAAUUACCAAAGUACCUUCGUGGCUACCAUAAAUGCACCCGAGAGGAAGUCCUGCAGCUGGGAGCCCUGAUCUAUAGGGUGAAGUUUGAAGACGACAAGUCCUAUUUCCCGAGCAUCCCCAAACUCCUCAAGGAGCUGGUGCCUGAGUCCCUCAUUCGGCAGUUGUCUCCGGAUGACUGGAAGAGGUCCAUCGUGGCCUAUUUCAACAAGCAUGCGGGCAAAACGAGAGAAGAAGCAAAACUCGCCUUCCUAAAGAUUGUUUUCAAGUGGCCUACAUUUGGAUCAGCUUUCUUCGAAGUCAAGCAAACAACUGAUCCAAAUUACCCAGAACUCCUCUUGAUUGCCAUCAACAAACACGGUGUCAGCCUCAUCGAUCGCAAAUCCAAGGAUAUCCUCAUCACACACCCCUUCACAAAGAUCUCCAACUGGAGCAGUGGCAACACCUACUUCCACAUCACCAUCGGCAACCUGGUACGGGGAAGCAAGCUGUUGUGCGAAACGUCGCUGGGCUACAAGAUGGAUGACCUGCUGACCUCUUACAUCAGCCAGAUGCUGACAGCAAUGAGUAAACAGAGGAGUGCAAAAGGCAGCAAGUGAACUGAGAGAACAGACUGGCCAGUGGCCCUGGAACUCCUCAGCCAGCUGAGGGCUGUGGGUUAUCCCUGCAGCUGGGGGAAAACCUUCUCCACCAACGUGUGGAAAAUGAGCCGAACUCCUUCGGAAAGCUUGUCGGACUCUGAGCCCGAGGACUCUGGACUAACAUCCCCUUCAAGUGAGGAUGACUAUUUGUGAGAAUAGCCUUCCCUUCACCCCCUUUUUGCUCUCUAAUCCUGGAUUUUAAACCUGGACACUUCUUUUUUUUCUCAGACUGAGGAGCAGCAAAACCUUCAGUGUUGAUAUUUUGCGUGGAACCAAAAUGGCGGGCAUGGCCAAGGAUUGUGAGAAAAGGCUGCUUGUUUUUAACUUGUUUCAAAACAGGGGUUUGACUGAGGGAUUUAUGGACCCAGCCAUCUGAUAGAAAUGGAAAUCUCGUACAAUCUACCAGGUUCAAGGGCUGAGGAAAAUUAAAGCCUUUUGAUUGGUGGUUUAAAAAUUAAAAUAAAAGCUGAGGAAAAGAAGCUCUUUUUAAAAAAAAAUGGCAAAGCACUAAUGGAAUAAGAUGCGAAAUAGAUGAGGAAAGAGUUUAAGUGUGCAAUAGCUGGAAUUAUUUAUGGAGGUUUGGUGUUUUGAUGGUUUGCUUUGUGCUUCUUUUAUUUAUUUAACAUGAGAUAGGAGAAAGAUGGCUUUUUCUCGGUUGCUCAGAUUGCAGAGAGGAGUCUGGGAAGGUUUUGGAUGACUCUUCCUCCUUCCUGAUGAAACCCAGUAGAAAGGCCUUGUCAGGGGACACAUUUUCAGGUCGGCAUGUUUACCCAUGUGGCCAGAGUUUUCCUGUCUGGGGCUGGAGCAGAAGAGGAAGCACUCAAAAGAGGAUGCUUAUGCAUUUUGGUGGUUCCAGGUAUGAUCUGUAUAGGCCUCUCCCCGCGCCUACCUUGUGGGAAUAAACAAUAGAAUUAAAUAGAAGGGAAUGGAACAGAACAAAACGUGCGAUUCACUCCAUUGCUUGAAGGUCGACUGUUUCAAACUAGUGCAGAAAUGAACAUGGCAAUGGAGGCAUUUUCAACUAAAUUUUUCUAAUUUGCAUUUUCAAAAUUUUAAAUAUAAAUCCUUCUGAAUUGAA